CGUUUGUUACUGUGAUGUCUUUCUGUAAGUACUGCGCAUGCGUGAAUGCCGACAGCGUUUUCCAGGCAGCGAACUGAGAGCUCACGCGUGAAAGUGCCAUGGAUCCUCAGAAAGACAUUCCUCCUCCUAAACAGCAGCCGAUGAUCUAUAUUUGUGGAGAGUGUCACACAGAAAACGAGAUCAAGGCCAGAGACCCCAUCAGAUGCAGAGAGUGCGGUUACAGGAUCAUGUACAAAAAGAGGACCAAAAGAUUGGUUGUAUUUGAUGCCCGAUGAGAUGGAUCUGCUGUUUUUCUGAAAUAAUUAGCUUUUUUUUUUAUCUUUGACUGUAAAUACAUGUAUACAUUUUGAAUAAGCAGUAAUGGAUCAAAUUGGAGUAAAAUACAAUUUACAAAAAUUCUGAGUGGGUGUUUUCUUUUUGUAUUUGCAGUUUAGAAUUAUAAAUUGACUUAUUAUUUGGUGUAAACCCUGCUCAAAUCAAGUAGUGAGUUGUUCUUGUAGUUUAGGAUGGAUGAAGGGAUUUUUUCCCCAUUAGAAAUGGAAAUAUUAUCAGCCAUCAUUAAGGUGCGGUCUUAUUACCGAAAUUUCACAAGCAAAAUAGGACUUGUGAAAACUUGUGAACCUGUUGUGAAAUCUGCCUGGGGAUAUGUUUCGCCCAAUCACAUGAAGUUCUUUUGAAAAACAAAUAUAUAUUAAACAAAGUCAAAA